CGUAGGGGUGGGGACUGGGAGGGGCCGCUGCUGAUGUUUACAGUUGCAGGUUGCAAUAUUAACUUUCACGGUAUCAUGGCGGGGACGUCACGACAUGAUCGGGAGAUGGCAGUGAACGCCAAAAAACAGCUGUCUGUGUGCACAGACCCUGUGGAAAGCUUGAGGUUGCAGUGUCUUGCAAGAGGCUCUUCUGGCAUCAAGGGUCUGGGCAGAACAUUCAAGAUAAUGGAUGAUGACAAUAACCGUACGUUAGAUAUGAAGGAGUUUAUCAAGGGCCUUAAUGACUAUGGUGUCCUCAUCGAGAAAGAGGAAGCCGUGGCAAUGUUUCAGCGUUUUGACCGGGACAACAGUGGAUUCAUCGACUUCGAUGAAUUUCUCCUCACUCUCAGGCCUCCAAUGUCCAAUGCCAGGAAGGAGGUGAUCACGCAGGCAUUUAGGAAGCUGGAUAAGACUAAUGACGGGGUGAUCACUAUUGAAGAUCUAAGAGGGGUUUACAAUGUCAAGUACCACCCCAAAUAUCAAAACGGGGAAUGGACAGAGGAGCAAGUAUUCCGCAAAUUCCUGGACAGCUUCGACUCUCCUUACGACAAGGACGGACAGGUCACCAAGGAGGAGUUUCUCAACUACUACUGCGGAGUCAGCGCCUCCAUCGAUAGUGAUGUCUAUUUCAUUCUCAUGAUGAAAAAUGCAUGGAAAUUAUGAGUUUUAAGCUGAUACAUUUAUGAUAAUGAUUUUUAAUGGACAGUUCUUCAAGGUGCUUUCUUAAACUAAUAUUUCAUUAUGGAAAUCAUGUUGACAAACUAAUAUUUAUAAUUUUCCAAUGAUAUGCAAAUGGUUAUGAAUGACUUGUUUAUAUUUUGUGCAAUGUUAAAAUAUGUAUUUCAGUUAGUCACUCUCUCCACAAGCUAACUAAUGACAUCUAGCUAUACAGUGGGGCAAAAAAGUAUUUAGUCAGCCACUAAUUGUGCAAGAUCUCCCACUUAAAAAGAUGAGACGGGCCUGUAAUUUUCAUC